GAUUUUUUUUGUGUUUGUGUUUAAACAGUGUCACGGUGGCAUUAAUGGAGGGGAAAUGGCUAUUUUUGCCUCCAGAGCCGGCCCAAGUCCUUGCUGGCAUCCAGCCUGCUUUGUGUGCGCCACGUGUCAAGAGCUCCUGGUGGAUCUCAUCUAUUUCUGUCAAAAUGGCAAAAUCUUCUGCGGAAGACACCACGCGGAGCUCCUCAAACCACGGUGCUCCUCUUGUGACGAGAUUAUCCUCGCAGACGAGUGCACAGAGGCAGAGGGUCGUCACUGGCACAUGAAGCACUUUGCCUGUUUUGAGUGUGGGACAAUGCUGGGGGGGCAGCGAUACAUCAUGAAAAAUGGACGGCCCUAUUGCUGUGGGUGCUUUGAGUCCCUGUACGCGGAGUACUGCGAGGCUUGUGGCGAAAACAUUGGUGUUGACCAUGCCCAGAUGACCUAUGAAGGCGUACACUGGCACGCCACAGACCAGUGCUUUUGUUGUGCUCAGUGUAAGACAUCCUUGCUGGGUUGUCCAUUCUUGCCCAAACAAGGCCGCAUCUAUUGCUCAAAGGCCUGCAGCCAGGGGGAGGACAUGCAUGCUUCAGACUCGUCAGAUUCCGCGUUCCAAUCUGCUCGCUCGCGUGAGUCACGACGCAGCGUUCGUAUGGGGAAGAGCAGCCGACCAGCUGAACAGUGGAGACAGUCGCAGCUGUUUAAUCCUCCCGCCGCCGUCCCAUGCUACGAGCAAAGAUUCGAGAACAAUGAGGGCAGCAGAGAUGCAGAAGGCGACAUUGACGUUGUUGGACGUAAACUGAGCCAUAUGGGCCUAGAGGAGGAGAGGUUCUGGAAGGAGCGGGAGGAGCAGGAUGCUGGUGGAGAUGAGGAUCCAGAGGAGUGGGCCCAGCAUGACGACUAUAUGACUCAGUUGCUGCUCAAGUUUGGUGACAGUGGGAUGCUACACCAACUUCAGCAGCCAUCCCUUAAAUCACCCAGCCUUACUAGUGACACGAACAGGCUAAUAAGUGUGUCUGAUCCCUGGCUAAAGCCCGAUUCCACAGUUAUGGGGAUUAGCACCUCCUCUCCCACCCCUGCCAGUCCAACACAGAGUCAGAUUUCCAGUCAGUCCCGGGCCAACAGCCUUAGCCCUCGACUGAUGGAUAAUAAGCACCUGCCAGAAAUGUACUGGGCUCAGUCACAAGACGGCCUUGGAGAUUCCGCCUAUGGGAGCCACCCUGGUCCUGCCAGUGCCAGAAAGAUCCAGGAGCUGGAGCUGGAUCAAGAUCAGGACCAGCCUGAAGCAGGAAAACAAGUCUUCUGGUCAGACACAAGACAGUGGUAUGAGGACUCUCUUGAAUGUAUUGCCGAUGAGCUGAGGAAGGUUGAGAAGGGUGUUGGAGACUCCAUGGAUUCCUUGGCCCUCUCAAAUAUCACUGGUGCUUCAAUAGAUGGAGACAACAAGGACAGACCUACGGUCUACACUCUUCAUGUCAUGCAGGAUUCCUCCUUGACUGUCGACUGCGAAAAGAUGAGCAACAUGGGAACGUUUAAUUCAUCUCAUCUUCACCACAGUGCCAACUCACUCAAUCUCAGCUUAGAAAAGAGAGGCCAGGAGGUAGAGAAUGAGACUGGAAUGAGGGGAGGCACUCCAGGAGGACUUCUCUCAUUGUCUCCUCAUUCAGACGGACUCCCUCCAUCUUUUGUUCAACCUCCAGCUCUGAGGAGGAGCAAGUCGCAAUCCAGGCCGCCUCAGGUGGUUAAGUUCUCAGAAGACACCGUGGACAAUGGAUAUAAUGAUAAUUUUGAUGUCAGUAUUACAAAGCACCCCAUGASUGAGAGACCACAGAGGAGGGGGUACUGCCCAGAUGAGCUGAGAAGAGAAAGAAGCCGCUCAACAAGCCAACAUGGGCACAGAAGGGAAAACCACCACCGGCAGGGCCGGCGCCAUCGUAGCCGCAAAACCCGUUCAGACAACGCCCUACACAUGGUGCCUAUGGAGAGAGCGCAGAGACCYUUUGAGCCCAGGCAGCAGGAUCUAGGAAACCCUUCUUGUGGUGCUAUGCACCUCCAGCAUCCCUCACACAACUUGCCUUUGGCUUACUCCCAAAUCCGGUCCGAUUAUAUGUUUCGGAACACUGCUAAAAAUGACCCAAGAGUUGAACAUUUAAUGGGUCUUUACAGAGAUGAGGAGGACUUGUGCUCUACUUGCUCUUCUUCAUCAUCAGACUCAGAGGAGGAAGGCUAUUUUUUAGGCCAACCAAUCCCUCAGCCUCGAGCUGUUGGGCGCUACUAUGCAGAGGACUACCCAACAAGAGUCACAGCCCUCACUUCCCUAAGCCAUCGUGGAUCACAGACUGGUCGCCGAAAGAGCCACAACUCCAAAAAUUGUAUAAUUUCUUAACAAAACAUAUUUAAGUUUUAAUGUGUUUGACACAAAGCAAUAAAAACUGGUUUAAGAAAAACAAACCACRUAUUAAAACAGAUUUUUUUUUCAAAACAUUUGCAACAAAGUUUGAAAACUUCCUUUUACAUGUAUAAAAACUGGUCUAGAUGUUCGGUUUUACUAAAGUUCAGCACAAAUAGGAUGAGGAAGAGUUGGAAUUGAGUUCCUAGACAGGUAUUUAGAAAAAGGAAGGAACUUUAAACACAUUUUUCUGUUUUUUAAGUGUUUUGUUUUCAACUGAACCUUUUACAAUAGUAUAUUUGUGCAUGAAAAUAGUCAUGCUAUUGUACAGAUCAGUGAUCAUUCAAGUAGAAAAUAGAAACUAACCAAAUUAUUUAAUGCAUAACCGUACGAAAACUGUACAUAAGUUAAAAUUUGAAUACUUGUAUUUUUAUAUCCAUGAUUCAAAGACAUGUUUGAAGUGUAUGAUUACAAAAAAWUGUUUCUACUAAAUGAACUUUGUUUAUACUUUAUGGAAACAAGUCAAAGGUCCCACUUCUUUUACAGUUAAGUGCCAUAAACUUUUAAAACCAUGUUUCCUGCAACAGGUUCCACAUUACUCACAAUCUGUGCUCAAAACUGGUGGCAACACACCUUUGUUUGCACCUGUUCACUACCAUGGAUGUGACAAUAUAUGCUUUUGAUGUAGCUACAAAUGCUUGUAAUAAAUAUUUUCUUUAAAAUGUUAA